AUGAGCCGCUACCUCGUGCCGCUGUCCGUGCUGGGCACGGUGGCGGGAGGCGCUGUGCUGCUCCGGGACUAUGUUGGUGGUGGGGUCUGUCCGAGCAAGGCCACCAUUCCUGGGAAGACUGUCAUUGUGACGGGUGCCAACACCGGUAUCGGGAAGCAAACCGCUUUGGAACUGGCCAGAAGAGGAGGCAACAUCAUUCUGGCCUGUCGUGACAUGGACAAGUGUGAGGCAGCCGCCAAGGAGAUCCGAGGGGAGACCCUUAACCACCGCGUCACCGCCCGGCACCUGGAUUUAUCCUCCCUCAGGUCCAUCCGAGAGUUUGCCAAGAGGAUCAUCGAAGAGGAGGAGCGCGUGGACGUCCUGGUCAACAAUGCGGCCGUGAUGCGGUGUCCCCACUGGACCACGGAGGACAGCUUCGAGAUGCAGUUCGGGGUGAAUCACCUGGGUCACUUCCUUUUGACGAACCUUCUGCUGGAAAAACUGAAGGCCUCAGCCCCUUCUCGGAUCAUCAACCUCUCGUCCUUGGCCCACAUUGCCGGCCACAUAGACUUCGAGGACCUGAACUGGGAGAAGAGGAAGUAUGACACCAAGGCAGCGUACUGCCAGAGCAAGCUGGCCAUUGUCCUUUUUACAAAGGAGCUGAGCCGGCGGCUGCACGGUACCGGUGUGACGGCCAACGCGCUUCACCCUGGCGUGGCCAGGACGCAGCUGGGCAGACACACGGGCAUGCACAACUCCGCCUUCUCCAGCUUCACGCUUGGGCCCAUCUUCUGGCUUCUGGUCAAGACCCCCCAACUGGCCGCCCAGCCCAGCACCUACCUGGCCGUAGCCAAGGAAUUGGAAGGCGUCUCUGGAAAAUACUUCAGCGGACUCAAAGAGAAGGCCCCGGCCCCGGAGGCCGAGGAUGAGGAGGUGGCCCGGAGGCUGUGGGCUGAAAGUGCGCGCCUGGUGGGCCUGGACACAUCCCGGGACGGUCACCCUCUCCCCAAAUAA